AUUGUCUGCACUUUAUGAUGGAAUAAGCUUACUAUUUUUAGCACAGGGGUAAGCUUGCGUACAUCUGACCCUCUUACCCCACCCUAGGUGGGAGCCUUUGCGGCACCGGGUAAUGUUGUUGUUGGUGUGCUGAAAGAGUUCACAGAAACCCAAUAAUAAUUGGAGACUCUGGAGAGCAUAAGUAUGGUUCACCUGGCACAGGAGAGCUUCAUUUUUCUUUCAUGGAAAGGAUUUUUAUUUUAUAAAAAACUACAAUUACAUGAGUGGACUGCGUGGUGGCUAGCCUGACCCUUGACAUCAUAGCUGGGAUUGGAACCAUCUCAAUAUACACCACAUUGCAGUAGGGGAUCAUGGGAAUUCUGGUUAUGGACCCUUCAUUUAAUGAGAAGCCACCAAGAAAACUUCUUAGAAAUGGAGAUAGCAAAUUUGGGCAGAUCUGAAGUGAAUUCAUAACUUUCUGUGCGAAGGUUGUUCCUGAUUUAUGUAAUAUGCUUUGCUAAUACGCUCGUACAAGCAAAACAAAAAACAAAAACAACUGAGAAGGUUCAGUGGAGGUCUUAAAGGUAGAAUAAUAGAUUCCAUAGGCAGAGUGGUCUUAUUUUAUUGGUUGUGUCGGCAGGGUAUGGUCAUCCUCAAAGAUAGAAUAAUUGACUCAAUUAUCUAUUAUAAAAAUUAAAUUAUUAAUAUUUUAUUUUGGGAAUACAUAAGUUGGGUGACGGAAGGGAUGCCUACAGAACAUAUUUACUCAUGGUCCUGCUAUCAUUCUGUCAGUCACUUGAUUUUGGAUCGAAGGACCAAAACUUGAAAAAAAUUCAAAGUCAUUCAACAAAAGUGAAAACAUAAUUGUCAAAAACCAAAAAUGAAAAUAUUUCUGGGACUAUAAGCGGCAAAAUUAUUUCAUGUGAAUGGGCACACAGGUGCAGACACACACAUGUAUUUAGUUAGUAUCAUUUGUUCAUUCAUAAUUUUUUACUAUCCUUGUAUGUCAUAUCCGCCUAACUAUGGUUUCAUAGUUGCUUCAAGACAUUACAACCAGGCUGGGCCCAUUCCUUCCCCAACUAGAGGCUGAUCUUAGUGGCUUUUCAGAAGCAGCAGAGCAUGGUAUUCGAUUCCUUGCGACGCUUGUUGGUCAAUUUUAUCCAAUUCUUCAUGUUGUAAAGGAAAGAGAAGCAACAAGGUUGACAUGCAAUACUUCAGAAACCGAAACUUCUAGGAAUAAUCAGAUUCCAUCAGCUUUGACAGUUUCAUCUAAUUUUGAAUCAGUCUAUGCAAUUUUUGACAAUUUUCAUCAUGGGUCAUCCGGAAACAGUCUCUCUGUGCUUUAGUAUUGAGCCAAGAAGAUCACGCAACACUUCUCCUUUGGUCGUACCCACUUCUAGUUACCUAGCAUUCCGUCCAGAUGCAAUCUUCAUGCUACUUAGAAAGGCACAUAAGGAUUAUCACCUAGGAAAUGUUUGCAGAGUGGCUUCUCAAAUUUUACUAAAGUUUAUGAGCCCUAGUAGCAUGACUGAAACAUCCCAACCUCUUGACAAUAGAUCUUCUCUGCCUGAUGAAGGAAAAAAACCAGAUCUUUCCCAUCCUGCUUCCUUCAUAUAUUACUCGGACAUUUUUGGGGAGGAAUUUCGGAUACCUGAGCAUCCAAACUUCAAUAUUAUAAAUGUGUUAGACAUUGCACUGGUGGAAGAAGGGGUUUUGCAUGUUCUAUAUGCUUGUGCAUCACAGCCUCUGCUUUGCAGCAAGUUUGCAGAUAAUUCUUCAGACUUUUGGUCAGCAUUGCCACUAGUAAUAGCAUUGCUUCCAGCGCUGCGUCCUAGUGUCACCAUUGCUUAUCAAGUUGAUGACAAUUUCUCCCAGUGGAAAAUGCCUUUUGUACAGCAAGCCCUAUCUCAGGUUGAGAUCAAAUCCGUAGCUUAGUAGUUUAUCUACAGCAAGCCCUAUCUCAGUCAGGUGGACUUAACUAUUGAGCUUUUGGAGGACCUUUUAGCUGUAAUCCAGGGUGUCCACCAUUCAUUUGCUCAAGCUCGUGCAACCCUCAAAUACAUUGUUUUGGCUCUAUCUGGGCAUAUGGAUGAGGUUUUGUCAAAACUUAAGGCAAGCUAUUAAAUGAAAUCAAUAAUAUACACACACACACUUACACAUGCAUUGACACACACACACAUGAAACUCAAUUGAAGUUACUAGCUCCUGAGUCCUGACACUCCCACUUGUUUUUUAUUUUUUUUUCCUAUAAAGAUGUGAAACACCGAGUUCUGUUUUUGAUUGAGAUGCUUGACCCUUAUCUGGAUCCAGCCAUUACCCCACUACAGAGUGUAAUUACAUUUGGGAAUGUACCAUCUAUUUCUCUUGAAAAGCAAGAGCACGACUGUGCUCUUGCACUGAAUGUCAUUCGUACAGCUGUAAGAAAGCCUGCUUUCCUUCCGUCCUUAGAAGCUGAGUGGCGACGGGGAUCAGUUUCUCCUAGUGUCCUACUCUCAGUUUUGGAGCCUCACAUUCAGGUACCUCCAGGUGUCAACCAUCGCCAGUUUUUGGCAGAUUCAGAAUCAUCAUCUAUAUCACCGGAUUCUUCUACUGCUAUUCUCAAUGGCAGUGUUGCUUCAAUGCCUAUGACCCAAGAUGGCAUAGACGGAAAGACUACUUUUGAUAUGUCUUCGAAGAUGGAUCUUUCGGAUGAAGUGAGCUUUCUCUUUUGUCCUCCUGAAAUUAACAAAAUGUCACUCAUCACAGCUUCUUGCAAUAGUCCCCCAAAAGCGUCCUCUGUUUCAAGCCGCAGUGAUCCCAAAGUUAACCUCAUUGAGAAAGAUCCAGACUACCAGUUCCUUGAUCCAUUUUUUGGAACUAACAACACUAUUGAUUAUCAUAAUAAUUUGCAAGCGGAUUGUUUACAACUUAUGAACCAUCGAGAUUGCCAGCUGAGAUCUUCUGAGUUUAGGCAUUUAGCUUUGGAUUUACAUUCUCAGAAUAAGAAUAUGAUUCCUGAGAGUCAUGAUGCUGUUAUAGAUGCGCUUCUUUUAGCUGCUGAAUGCCAUGUGAAUCCCUUCUUCAUGAUGUCCUUCAAGGACAUUCCAAUGGUUAGAAGCAGCCAAAGGAAAGGUUACAGGGCUAGCAGGAAUUUCGGAUUUGCUGAUCUCAACAUAUAGUUUGAAGAGAACGAAAAUGACUUGAAAACAUUAAUCAAUCUUGAAAGGAAAAGGGACAAAAUUGUUCUUGAAAUUAUGCUUCAAGCUGCGGAGUUAGACAGGGGGUAUCAGCAAAACCGUGAUGAAGACGAAGAAAUGAAGUCUUAAGGUUGCCUCAGAAUGAUCCUCAAGCAGAAGAUGCCAUUACUUUACUUCGACAAAAUCAAGCACUUCUUUGCAGAUUUGUUGUCGGAAAAUUACAAAGAGAUAAUUACCUCAAGCAUGAGGUACUCCUGCAAAUGCUUUUGUUCCUUCUGCAUUCAGGAACUAAAUUAUUUUGUUCACCGACAGAUAUUAUUGAGAUUAUACUGAAGUCUGCCGAGCAUUUAAACAUUCAGUUGACAUCUUUUUAUUAUCAACUUAAAGAGGGAAAUACAAAGCUAGAUGAGUGGAAGCUACAACUAGGCCAACGUUUAUGGACGCUUCUUAAAAGACUAGUGAUUGCUUCAAGUGAUUGUGCUGAAAGAUCGGAGCUUUCUAUCAAUGUCAAUGGUUGUCUUCAGUUUGCAAAUCUAAUCCCUCCUUCAGUCUGGCUUGAGAAAAUACCCACAUUCUCAACUUCUGUCUCUCCACUAGCCCGAUUUCUUGGUUGGAUGGCAAUCUCUCGUAAUGCUAUACGAUAUAGGAAGGAUAGGCUCUUUCUUGUUUCAGAUAUGGAGCAAUUGGCACGUUUGCUCUCUGUUUUUGCAGAUGAACUUGCUGCAGUUGAUAAUAUAUCUGAUUAUAAAGAUGAGGCCAAAAAAAGCAAAGAAUCUUGCAGUAAGCGACGUUCUUUCCGCAUUAGUUACCCUGAUAUUAGUCAUUUCUUUCCCAAUUUGAAAAACGAAUUUGAAACUUUUGGGGAAUCUAUACUGCAAGCUGUUGCAUUGCAACUUAGAGCUUUCCCUUCUUCAACAGUUCCAGAUUUGAUUUGUUGGUUCUCUGAGUUCUGUUCAGAGCCUUUCAUUUGCUACCCAAAGAACCAGCUUUCCCUUCAGAAUGAUUCUGUGAAAGGUUUUGUGGCAAAGAACGCAAAAGCUAUAGUUCUUUAUGUUCUUGAAGCAAUUGUAGCUGAACAUAUGGAGGCAAUAGCACCCGAGAUACCAAGAAUUGUGCAAGUGCUGGUUUCUUUGUGCAGCUCUGCAUAUUGUGAUGUUUCAUUUCUAAAUUCUGUUUUACUUUUGCUCAAGCCGAUCAUCUCAUAUUCCUUGCAAAAGGCAUCCGAUGAGGAGAGUUUAGUGAGUACUGAUGCUAUGUGCCUUAAUUUUGAGUCAUUAUGCUUAGGUGAACUUCUCAGUACCAUCAAAAGUGAAAACAAAGGUGAUUCAGGAGGCCGUUGCAGAGCAUUGACUGUUUUUGUUUUGGCUUCAGUUUUUCCUGAUAUUUCUUCCAGUUGCAAAAUAGAACUGUUAAAAGCUUGUUUCAAAUCUGCAUAUUUUACCUCUUUGGAGCAAACAACAUUGUUUCAUGAUUAUCUUUGUGCAUAUCAGGCUCUUAUGCAAAGUUGCAAGGUUUUGAUGAUUGACCUUUUAAAAUUCUCGGGAGUCAUUCCAUGUAAGAUCUCUGAAUUUUCUAACAUUGAAAUGGGUGCGAGAAAAGGUGAUGGAUCUGAGUUUCCAUGUUUUCUUGAAGAUGUUUACAACAUUUCAGUUGAGGUGAAUCAAAGUAGCGAACAUGAAAAGGGUGUGAAUGAAAAACGACUACUAAAUACUAAUGAACUAUAUAUGUUCUCAGAGAAUUUAGGCGCACUAAUCUCUAAGCUCACCCAUACUGUCGAGCAAUGCUACAUAAUUCAUCCUAAACUGGCCAAGAAUCUCACACUAAUCUCUGCAGAGUGUUUUAUGUAUUUAAGAUGCUUAUCUUAUGUUGCUGAAAAAGUUGCUGUUUCUGGAGGAGCUGAUCUGCAAAGCCUGCCUGAGUCUAUCUCUUCUAGUGGAGAUAAUCGGAAGGUCAGUCUUGAAGCGCUUUCUGAAAUGGUUAUAUUGCUUCAGAAAAACCGUUGCUGGGGGGUUGCAUCAGUGAUCCUUGACUGUCUAUUUCAUGUUCCUCAGUUCUUCGAUUUACAAAGCACGGUUAAUAAUAUAUGUGCUGCAAUAAAAACAUUUUCACAAGACGCACCGGUAAUUGCUUGGCGGCUACAAACAGAUAAGUGGCUGACCUCACUUUUCACGAGAGGAAUCCGAGAAAGUGAAGCUCUGAUUGAUCUCUUAUGUUCAAUUCUCUGCCAUCCAGAGCCAGAACAACGCUUCAUUGGGCUUAAGCAACUAGGAAAGCAUGUGAGUCAAGGUGGAAGUUGCAGAACUGUUUUCAUAUUGCCAACUAUAAUUGAUAAUGAAGUACUUCCAUCAGAGCCUGAUGUACUUUCUGCUCUAGUGUCAAGAACUUGGGAUGAAGUAGCUUUGCUGGCUUCUUCUGAUGCAUCACUACAGUUGAGAAUCAAUGCAAUGGCACUUCUUGUAAACUAUGUCCCAUUUGUUGAAAGGCCCAAAUUGCAAUCUUUCCUUGCUGCAGCUGAUUGUGUCCUUCAGUGUUUGAUGAAACUUUGUCAGCCUGUGUGUGAAGGCCCAUUAACACAACUCUCUAUCGCCCGCCGAAGGCACCAUCGUCAUUGUGCAUCACAUUGAUUUAAAUUUUCGUGUCAUCAUGUCAAACAUUGUUCUUAUUGAAAGCACACCCUCAAUUAAAGAGGUAACAAUUGUGAUUUAAUGGGCUGAAUCGUUCAAUCAUUAAGUCAAAUUUAC